UUCAUAAGAACCGCAACGCAACGGAUCCGACCGGAAUAAAGCAAAAAGUAUAUUCGAAAAACUACGUAACGGACUUAAAAACGACACGUGGGUGUGAAAAAACGGCUUAGAAAAUAAUAAAUAAUAAAGUGUUCGCAUAUUAAAAUAUAUUCCAAAAAAACAAAUAUAAUUUUAUGCUUUAUGUGAUUUAAAAGCGGAGUGGAUUCAUCUGAAAGAAGCCAGCUGGCGCACAAAAAUUGAAGGAUGCCCAUCAAUUAUUUGAUUUAAUCACCAUUAACGAAAGAUUGAAAAACCGAAGUGAAAUGAAUUCCGAGGAAUGUCCGCAAUUGGUCAACCUGUGAGUCCUGCGAAUCCUGUGUGAGUGCCGUGAGCUCGAGAAAUGGCGGUGUCCAGCUCAAUUAUGGAAACCGUCGCCCUUUUGACCCUGCUGCUUGGCCUUUUUAUUCGAAGUGGCUACUGCAUAGACUGUUUUAAAUGCGUAUCUUACAAUGGAGCCAACAAAGCCUGCGACGAUCCGUUCCACAACAACUACUCCACGGCCAUUUUGGAGUCACCCUGCAUGGGCGGCCGGAAGGGGCGUGACGGCCUAUUUCCGGCCACCGCUUGCAUCAAGAUCGCCGGCUACUACGAUGAGACCGGGAAAACGAUAACGGUGAGGGGCUGUGCCCUGGACAGCGGAACCCUGACCACCGACACCGAGAUUAUAAGAAUGUCGCACUGCGGAAAGUUCUACUACGAUGGCGAUUACGUGCAUGGUUGUCUGCAGAGCUGCAGCGACGCGGAUGCCUGCAACUCAGCCAGGAGGCAGGGAGCGAAUCCUGCCGACCUGGAGGCGCUGAUGAGACACCUGCUUAGCCUGGUGGUUUUCCUAAUGGCUGUCACGAGGUAGCAGCAUCCUUACCUGUGACUGGAGUAUCCGGAACGGGAGCAUCAAGCGGAAAUACCGAGGGAUACAAAGUUAGGCAGCGGGGAAGACAUUUAAUCGACUUGGCUGCGCGUGGAAAUCCUUUUUUUCCUCCGAAUCUCUCUGUGUCUAGGAUCGCACCCAAAUGUAAAAGCACUUGAGCAGCUGCAGCAAGGACGCGCUCAAAAACACACUCUCUUACACCCAAAAACAUUAUGGAAUUCAUCAAGCAAUUAUGUGAUUUAUAAGCGAAUACUUAACAACUAUCAAACAAUAAUUGAUGAACACGAACGGAAACUAUUUAGAUGCUAAGCAUUCGAGAGUCGAAAAUCAAAGGAAACAGUGCAACCUAAAUUCAAAUUCUAAUUGCAAUUAUUUUUAGCUCCUAAGAAAGGAAUCUAGACACUAAGUGCUGUCGCUGCUAAGUUUCAUUAGAACAAUAUGAUUAAUGAAAGAAAGGAAAUGUUUACGAUUUAUAUACGAUCUGUUUUACCAUAGCAUAAUUAAGUAUUUUUCACCUUUCUAGAUUCAUCUACUCAUAUUGUACAUAUACAACAAAAAAAUUAACUAUUAGUUAAAGAAUGCUGAAUUUUGGGCAAAUUAUAAUAAAUUAUGUGUAAAUGAAUUAGUGGGCAAAAUUAUCAACGAAAACUGCGAAUUGCAAAGUGGAUUAAAAAGAAUAACAAGCAAAGAAAAUA